AUGUUGAUCGAUGACUUUAUUCACCAUUCAACGAUCAACAGCCUGACCGUAGUACAUUGCCACAAGGAGCCACCGGAUCGGGAUGUAGCGCAGUUAGCUCAAAAGCUACACCAUCACUUCCGAGGACCGGUGGCGUACAUUAGCCUCAAUGCACCGAUCGGGGCUUCCUCUCGCAUCGGUGUACGAUCGCUGCACAGAUUAGGGUUGAUCAUGAACCUGGAGUGCGUUAACCAUCAGCCGUUCCUGCAGCAAGCCUCGCUGGGGAACCAUUUUAAUUCCUCCUAUCGGUGGCUCUUUUUUGGUGGUCAAAAUUUGACCGACUCGUUGGCGGUGCUGAGCACGCUGAACAUUAACAUCGAUGCGAACGUAGUACUGGCCAUACGCCACCGACAGGAACAGCUUUCGUACGCACUGUACGACGUGUACGGUAGCAUGAAAGCGCUCGGUGGUGCUGUGCAGAGUGACUUCCUUGGUGAUUGGACGCCCACGAGUGGCUGGCCAGGGAUCGCACGAAAACGGGAAAAUCUCCAUCAAAUAGAGCUUCGAGCGGUUGUGUCGACCUUAAACCAACACCAGCCUCAGAGCCUCGAAAAGCAUCUCAACAGCGUACCAGACUAUCCGCGAUCGUACCAUUCGCACAUGUACGCCUACCAGCUCACGAAGCUGCUGAUGUUGAAGCUAAACUUUAGGGUGAAACUCAUUCUAGCCGAAUCCUGGCAUUUAGAGUUGAUCGGCACCAAUUCAUCGCUGGGGGUUAUGGGGCAGCUUCAAACGAAACAGGUGGAUUUUUCCCUCUCCCCAUUUGCCAUCCUUUCCGAGCGUUUGGCCAUCUUCGAUCCGACAAUAGAAAUUAUGCGCGGAAACCUUUACACGACGUUUCGGCAUCCCAAAGCCAGGCUGCAGAGGAGCAUUUUCCUGCUGCCGUUCGAAAACGCGAUCUGGAUCACUUUGCUAGCGAUUUUGGCGUGCUUCAGUGUGACGCUCAGUGCCUGCUUUGUUCUGCAACAAGCUCGCCAACGCCAGAACAGGAACGAAGUCUCGCUGGCUCUACUGAUCACGCUGGGGAUCCUCGCACAACAAGGCCUAACGUCGGUGCGGAUGACACUGUUCAGUGGGAAAAUUCUGCUGCUAGCAGCGUUCUUGAUGUGCGGCAUUCUGCUGCAGUACUACUCAUCCUUCAUCAUCGGCUACCAGCUGAUGGAGCAACCGCACACCAUCAACACCCUGAAGCAUCUGUUAGCCAGCGAAAUGACGGUUUCGAUCGAGGACAUUUCCUACAAUCGAGACUUUUUCAAUCGCACGAAUGACCCCGUUGCGAUCGAGCUGUACCACGCGCGCAUUCUGCCCAACAAGGACGGGUUUCAGCAUAUUUCCGCCGGUCUCACCCUGGUCAAGCAAGGUGGACAUGCGUUCCAUUGCGACAUCGCGUACGGUAACCACAUCAUCAUAGAAACGUUCACCGAGAAGGAAAUCUGUGAGCUGCACUACAUCCAACUGUACCCGUCACGUGCCAUCAAUAUUCCGAUGGCAAAAGGCAGCCCCCUGAAAGAGCUGUUUAAGCUGAACCUACAGAUCAUACGCGAGGCGGGCAUAUUGGCGUACCAGCAGUCGCGAUACUACUCCCUGCAACCAAAGUGCAUCCGAGACAAUCUUCAUACGGAGCGGGUGGAGCUAUUCGACAUCCUUACGGCGCUUGAACUGCUCGGCAUUGGGGCAAUGCUAAGUGUGGUUAUUUUACUCGCUGAAAUUGGUUUUAGUGCCAUCCAGCGUUGUUGGCUAACGCGCUUCAUGCCGAAGGAUUUCGUUUGGCUAGAUUAG